AUGGAAGUCGUCCGACUCGAGAACCGUCCCGAAGGAGCCAAGUUCGAGGAGGUCCGCGAUCUUGUCUCUGGUGCACGAGGCAAGACCGUUUACGAGACGGGUGAUAUCGACGCCGGUAUCUGGUCCGCUGGUAUCACUAUCGGUCUCAUCCACGAUAUUCCUUCUUGCAAGGAUCUUUGCGCCAACAUCGAGCGUGAUGCCGAACAGCACAUUAACAGGUUGAGCACGCUGGUGGCUCAAAAGGGCAGCAGCUCGGCUGGUCGACCUUCGAAACUUUAA